UUAAAUACCAGCCCACGAGGAAGCUCGGCUGGUCCGUAAUGAUAGGGAGGCAGCAGCCGCCGCAGCAGAGGUAGUCCGAGGAGGUGAAGGAGCCGAGAGCACCAUGAGCACACACGUGUUUCUGAAGAGUUAUUAGACAGCUGUGAAGGAGAAAAUACACCUUUAAGUUUUUACCUGUGAACACAAUAAGCCUGAGAGAGACAGUCUGAAAGCAAAGAGGAAGAGAUUGGUCAGUCACACCAAGAGACACCAAAGUUGAAAGUUUCGGGGUUUUUUUUCCUCUGUUUCAUUUUUCCCCCGUGUGUCACUACAAUGGUCAGAAAGCCUGUUGUGUCCACCAUCUCCAAUGGAGGUUACCUGCAGGGGAACGUUAACGGGAGGCUGCCUUCCCUGGGCAGCAAGGAGCCACCUGGGCGGGAGAAAGUGAUGCUGAAGAAGAAAAUCACUUUGCUGAGGGGCAUCUCCAUCAUCAUUGGCACCAUCAUUGGAGCAGGAAUCUUCAUCUCUCCUAAGGGCGUGCUCCAGAACACGGGCAGCGUGGGCAUGUCUCUGAUUAUCUGGACAGCCUGUGGGGUCCUGUCACUGUUUGGAGCCUUGUCCUAUGCUGAACUGGGAACAACUAUCAAGAAAUCUGGUGGUCAUUAUACAUAUAUUCUGGAAGUCUUUGGCCCUUUACCAGCUUUUGUACGAGUCUGGGUGGAACUGCUUAUAAUACGCCCUGCAGCCACUGCUGUGAUAUCUCUGGCAUUUGGACGCUACAUUCUGGAACCAUUUUUUAUUCACUGUGAAAUUCCUGAUCUUGCAAUAAAGCUCAUUACAGCUGUGGGCAUAACUGUAGUGAUGGUCCUCAACAGCAUGAGUGUCAGCUGGAGCGCCCGGAUCCAGAUUUUCCUAACCUUUUGCAAGCUCACAGCAAUUGUGAUAAUUAUAGUCCCUGGAGUUAUGCAGCUAAUUAAAGGGCAAACACAACACUUUACAGAUGCCUUUUCUGGAAGAGAUGCAAGUAUUAUGGGAUUGCCACUGGCUUUUUAUUAUGGAAUGUAUGCAUAUGCGGGCUGGUUUUAUCUCAACUUUGUUACCGAAGAAGUGGAAAAUCCUGAAAAAACCAUCCCCCUUGCAAUAUGUAUAUCCAUGGCCAUUGUCACCAUUGGCUAUGUGCUAACAAAUGUGGCCUACUUUACAACCAUUAGUGCCGAGGAGCUGUUGCUUUCAAAUGCAGUGGCAGUGACCUUUUCUGAGCGGCUACUGGGAAAUUUCUCAUUAGCAGUUCCGAUCUUUGUUGCCCUCUCCUGCUUUGGCUCCAUGAAUGGUGGUGUAUUUGCUGUCUCCAGGUUAUUCUAUGUUGCGUCUCGAGAGGGUCACCUUCCAGAAAUCCUCUCCAUGAUUCAUGUCCGCAAGCACACUCCUCUGCCAGCUGUUAUUGUUUUGCAUCCUUUGACGAUGAUAAUGCUCUUCUCUGGGGACCUCUACAGUCUUUUGAAUUUCCUCAGUUUUGCCAGGUGGCUUUUUAUUGGGCUGGCAGUUGCUGGGCUGAUUUAUCUUCGAUACAAACGCCCAGAUAUGCAUCGUCCUUUCAAGGUGCCGCUGUUCAUCCCAGCUUUAUUCUCCUUCACGUGUCUCUUCAUGGUUGCUCUUUCCCUUUAUUCAGACCCAUUUAGUACGGGGAUUGGCUUCGUCAUCACUCUGACUGGGGUCCCUGCAUACUAUCUCUUCAUUAUAUGGGACAAGAAACCCAGGUGGUUUAGAAGAAUGUCAGACAGAAUAACCAGAACGUUACAAAUAAUACUGGAAGUUGUACCAGAAGAAGAUUGUCAUGAAUUAUGAACUAAUGCUUUGAAAUCUUGGUGAUCUGUCCCUGGUCUUGUUUCUGCUCAAAGGGCUGAAACAAAAUAUGGAUCUUCACUUCAUUUUAUGAAAAUCCAGAGGAUUGCAACUUUGGUGAUGGACUAAAGGAGUCAGUUAUUUCUAUUCAUAUCUUUUCAUGUAUUCAAACUGUUUCUGAGAACUUUAGUUGUAACUCCGUGUAGAUAUAGAAGGCUGAUAUGCAGUUAUACAUGAGUUCACGUGAUUCUUUAGUCCUUGAUACCUACCUGUUGAGGUUGGGGAAAAAGGCUACGGAAUGAACAAUUACUUUAGUGGUCUUUUUUUAUAACCUAUCUUAUAAUGACUAAGAACCUUCAAAUUGAUGACUGAGAUGUUUUCUGUAUAUAUGGGUUUUAUAAAAACAAUUUUUACAUACUGUAGAUGACCAUACUGUGAAAAGUGUUUUCUACUCUUCUGGAAAAAAAAAAAAAAAAUCAUAGGUCAUCGUUAUGGACAGAGGAAAGAAAUUUAUUUUACAUUGACAUUGCAUUGCUUCCCUUUAGAUACCAACUUAAAUAUCACUCAUCUUUUUAUACCCAGAGCAUUUUGAACAAAGGACAGAGGGGCUAUGCCUAAUUUUAAUGGAUAUAUUAAAACAGAGAUUCUAGGGGCUAUUGUUUAUGAGACAAAUCCAGGAAUUAUGUUUAAGUAAAAGUCCUUGAGAAUUUAUUAUGUUAGGAUUUUUUUACUCACUAUUAGGAAGCUCCAUGGCUAUGUGCCAUUUUGCUUUCAUGGCAGCCCAUUUGAUCAGGAAAGGGUAUAACACCUUUUCUUAGAGCAAAGCGAUAGUCAGUUUGGUAUUAAAUCCUCUUAAGCACAAUCACUUGUUUCACUAAUAGUUUAACCCUUGAAAAAUGUAUCUAAAUAUGUGCAUUUUUAAAUCUUCAAAUUACAGUGUCAACAUAAGGCAGAAAUCACCAAGAAAAAAAUGCCCAAAAU